ACACAUCUCUGGAACAACACAGAGAAGGUCAUCCACCAGCGCACCAACACAGUUCCAUUUGCCCUUGGGUCUCAUGAUGAUGAAAUUGCUGCCACAGUACGGGUUAUACGUCCACUAGACGCUGCGGAGUUGGACCUGGAGACUACCUACGAGAACUUCCACCCCACAGUCCAGUCCUUGUCCAACGUUAUCGGCCACUUCAUCAGCGGAGAACGUCCCAAGGGCAUCCACGAAACAGAGGAGAUGCUGCCUGGAGACAGCAUCACGGGUGUAGGAGAGCUGGUCCUGGAUAACAACCUGAUCAAGCUCCAACCUCCCAAACAGGGCUUCUGUUACUUUCUCACCCGGCUGGACUACGAGUCUCUUCUCAGGAAGCAGGGAAACAGCGUCAGACUGUGGAGGAUUCUGACCCUUGUCUUCGGUGUUGCCGCUUGUUCCACACUCCUCUUCAUCCUGUGGAAGCGAUACGUACACCACAGACGGAGUAAGAAGGAGAGGAGCAUGCUUGAGGAGUUCAAGGAACAGCAGAAGAAACGUAUGCGUGAACUGAACUUGGAGGAAAGCAGCGUGUCGCCCACCGGCUGUACUGUCUGCCUGAGCCGUGAGCGCUCCUGCGUGUUUCUGGAGUGUGGUCAUGUGUGUGCCUGUGCCCAGUGCUACGACGCCCUGCCAGAGCCAAAGAAAUGCCCCAUCUGCAGGGCAACUAUAGACAGGGUGGUGCCUCUCUACAACAGCUAAUGUGGACAUACAGAAAUGGGUAUAACAUCACAUACAGUAGGAAGCCUACACAGCCUUUUAUACUGGAAAUAUGUUAUACAAAAGCUGUCUGUACAGCUGUGAAAACGGUAAUAUCGUUACUUUUCGUUGCACUUUUUUGCUUUUACUCUUUCUUAUAGAUAAAUAGUAGGUAUCUGUGCUGAAUCGUGAUGCAGUCACAUUUCCCAUUAAAUAUUCAAAUCAACUUUGGAACCUGUAAAAAUAGAAAAUGAAAUUUUUUCAUCUUAAGAGAAAAUUAGAUUUCUUCUUGCUUAAGACAUUGGCAAAUACUGGCUCUGUACCCCGAUGAUGAACCAUCUUAGAAGUUAGUGUUUCUAACGUUGUUAAGCACUUAAGAGCGAGUGCACAUGCACACAAAGGUGUGCGUUUGCACAGAGUUAAGACCUUCUGAAUACACUUUAAUGUAAUGAGGCGCAUUUAACUGUCAGUAAGCAGUGGUAUAUAUUAAAAUACAGAACAUAAAUUACAUGCUGUAAAUGACAGAACAGAAAUGUUUUGCACUUCAUCAGUAUGAAAAAAUAGCCUUAUGUGCAGCCAACAGUCUACAGCUUUUAUCUUGGUGUGUGUGUGUGUGUGUUUGUGUUAAGAUUGUGGUAGACAACAUUUGCACCACAAUUAUAAAGAAAAGCAAUGAAAACUGAAAUCCUAACAUAACAUGAACACAGGAAGAAGAGGAUGACAGAAACUGUCAAAUGAGCAAAUCAAAUGUUCAAUUACUUUUUUGUAUGAUUACAAUAUUUUUCAUGUUAAAUUAAAUGUCACUUCACAGAAUGUGUUGGUGGUCCAUGUUUAGUAUAUUUGUCAGGGAACAUGUACAUAAAAACACUAAUCUCAUACAAAGAAGAGAUGCAUUGUACCAGAUUUAGCCUUUAACUUUCUGAGAUGUUUUUGGGAAACGGGGCCCAUCUUGUUAUGAUCUUGUCUUGACAUUUGAUUUGGAAGUGUGUACAGUUACACUGACUCAUUUUAUGUCUUAAGUUAGGAUUUAGCUCUGGUAAGGGCUGGCAGUUCAUUUAAGGUUGUGUUUUGUACAGCUCAGACAAGGCAGAGGAAAGGUUGUGGUUCGCAAAAAAAAUUCUCAAGGGUGAGGGGGGAUAAUUGUACAAGCUGACCUUGUCCUGUUCUUUUGUGAUUUUGCUCUGGGCGCUUGCUAAUAAAGACGUGUGCAGCUGGUGCUAAGGCUCUACAGACACUAGAGAACACAGUGGCAGCACAUGUAAAUCUUACAGUACUAGAGCAACAUCUGCAUCACCACAGGCCACUAAUUGUUGCACUUUGAAACUGCUUUUCCUGGGACAAAACAAAAUUCAGCUCAUUGUUUAUUUGCAACUAAAACCUCAUUAAAGGCAAUUACAAUGUUGAC